CACGAACGAACCCCUUCCCGGCCCCGGACGGAGCCCCGUCCCCUUCGCCUUCACCUCGCGCCGCGGCGGCCCCGAAACCCGACGGGUGCGCUGCCGAAUCGAAUAACCGGAAGCCGCAAAGGUUCCCCCGGUGGAUCCCUCCUCCUCCUCCUCCUCUCUGAUGGACUCUGGGGGCGAGAGCGGGAGCGGGGGUGGGAGCCGCGGUGAGAUCACGCUCGCCAUAGGCGGUGGCGGCGCGUCGGCGGCCGCCUGGACUCGGCUGGUCAGCUCCGGCGUGGAGGACGUGCUGGUGGUGAGAGCGGGUGGCUGCCCGGGGGUGGUAGUAGGAGGAGGUGGAGACGGAGCGGGCGGGCUGCUGCUGCCGUACGGCCACUUCCUGGAGGCCUGCUUCCUCUGCCGGAAGCCGCUCGCCAGCAACCGCGACAUCUACAUGUAUAGAGGGGACAUUCCGUUCUGCAGCGAGGAGUGCAGGAGGGAGCAGAUCGAAAUGGACGACGAGGUGGAGAGGAAGGAGACGAAGAACAUCUCCAAGAAGGUGGCACCACGCACCCCCAACCCCAGGGAGGUGGAGUCCACUCCCAGGCCUCCCAAAGCUCGCGCCGGCUCAAUCCUCGCCGGGUGACAAAACUGACAUGGAGGGAGGAGGGAGUGGAAGUGUGGAAAGCUCCCCCGGGAUUGGGCUGCUCGUUUUCCCGCAAGCCAAGACCAGAUCCUCACCUUACCACCAGAAACUUAUCACUUACAAGCUACAUAUAUGGGUUUGUGUUUUUUUGUUUAAACCCCCCUUGCUCCUUUUUGGUGGUGUUGUUAGUGCCUGCCUAUAUUGGUGAUGAUGAUGUAUAGAGACGGAAUGAAAAAGGAGAUCAGCGCUGGUUAUUUAGAAGUGACUGGCUGACUGCUGCAGCUUCGUGUACUCUUUGUUAUCAAGGGGGGUUUUCUGGCCUUCGUCUUGGGGGUGUUGUGAAUUUUCCUACGUGUAGGUGGUUACUGUGGUAGGUGUAAGGUUUUUUCUAAUGAAGCUGAGGAAACAUAUGCCUUUAGAAGAAAUAGACACAUGGAUGAAUGAAUCCUUGACCUUUUCAUUUGCUA